GUCCCUCUCUCAAAUAAUGUACAAGUACAACUAGAUGUUUCUGGAUGGAAACAAAGCCACGUAACCACUGACAAGGAGCCAGAGAAGAUACAACCUACCUCACGAUCCACAAUGCAUGUUCAGGGCAUCUCACACUGGGCGCCUGCUAAUAUAGGACCAUAUAGCCAAGCUGUGAAGGUCGGAAGUGUAGUAGUGGUGGCUGGGAUGAUUGGCUUGGUGCCCGGCACUCUUCAAGUUGUAAACGGUGGUGUUGAAGUGGAAGCACGACUUGCUCUGCGUCACGUGUCCAGAGUUAUUUCAGCCAUUGCUCCCUCGACUGAUAUAAGAGCUGUGGUGCAGGGAGUGUGCUAUGUAACAAAACUUUCAGAUAUAGGUGUUGCCAGACGCAUGAUGGCUCGACUGAGUGAGUCACAAAUUUCAACCUAUGUUGUGGUGCCUGCCUUGCCAAGAGCUGCUCUGGUUGAGUGGCAGACGUGGGGCUGUGUAGAAAACGAUAAAUUUGAAUAUGAAGAAAAGGGCUAUACAAGAGGAAAUGUAAGUGUACGGUUAAGACGACGCUGGUACCAUGAUAACUCCAUGUGUGCUGUCAAUACUAAUGCUAGUUGUUUAUCCCCCGAGGACUUGAGUUGUGACAUGUUAGAAGAAAUUAUCCAGUAUACGAUUACCAGAGCUGAUGCCAGAAUGCCCAUGGGACUAACCUUUUAUUACCGCUGCGGAAGCAUAUCUCGGACGCUCCUUCAGCAGGCCAUUGUCCAGGCAGUCCCAGAGGGAGUGGCUACACUGUCGCUCGUACCUGUGUUGGCAGUUGAGGAUGCACACACUUUGCUAACAGUCUCGGCCAUGCGUCACUGAUUUUGGAAUGUGAUAGGCUGUGGAAAUCUAUGGCUCAUAGAAGCCUGGCUAUGAUUGGAUUUAUUUAUAGACAUAAUACAGUGUAAAAAUGUGUACAUGUCACCAGUGGUGAUACUGCUGAUGAAAACAAUUCAUUUUGAUGAGAUUUUCUGUCAAGUAUUUUUAGAAAUCAUAUGACCUACAUUUGUAACUGUAUUGUCUGAAGGAUGUAUAACCACAGAGCAGAUUAUAUG